AUGGAGAAGAGCGCUGAUCCGGCUGCGCAGAGCAGCAGCAGCAGCAGCGUUAGCAGCACCAACAACGUAGGCGGGAAAUCGGUGGCCGUCCAGAACGCCCUUAGGCAACUACACAAGAGUUCGCAUAAGAUUUCCAAACCUACCUCGAGGCAUUGCAGCGGCGGCGGGGACGGGGGAGGUGAUUCCGGCUGUCCAAGCGAUGGCAAAGCACCUUCUCCUUCAUUACCGGUGCCGGCGGUGCCGCCGCCGCCGCCGCCAUCUGCUAGCCAGCAGCCGCUGCCGCAGCCGCCGGUGUAUAACAUCAACAAGAACGAUUUCCGUGAAGUGGUUCAAAAGCUGACGGGCUCCCCGGCCCACCAGCCCCGUUUAUCUUCUGCUCGGGAACUAUCAAAGCCAGCCGCGGCCGCCGGCGGCGGCGCCUCCUCCCGUCUGCAGAAGAUCCGGCCACCGCCCCUCGCCCAGCUCACCCCCCGUUCCUCUCCAUCUCUAGCGCCCGCCGCUGCAUCCGAUCCCGUCCACGGCUCCUCCGGCGGCUUCGGCGUGGGUGCGUGGCCUAGGUCAUCGCCUCUCUCCCCGCUCCCGCCGCUUCCGACGGUCAGCGCCUCCGCGGAGUCGCCAAUCUCAGCCUACAUGCGGUGCCUCCGGAGUGGAUCUGUUCCAAAUCAGCAAAGCUCGAUGCCAUCUCCGGGAGCCGGCUCUUCCGGCGCUCCUCUGCUCCCGCUGGGUCCGCCGUCGCCGCUGGGUCUCGGCUGCGUACCAUCUCCAAGAUCAGCUUACCAGAUGAUGCUCUCGCCGGGUCUGUUCCUCCCGCCAUCGCCAGGCCGGCCAUUGCCCAGCCCGAGAUGGAAGGACCAGUAA